AUGCCGCGGCUCCUCGCGGUCUUUGCUGUCGCGCUUCUUCUCGGCGUCGUCUCGGCCGAGCUGCGCGUCGACUCGCGCGCCAAGCCUCCAGCGCCUCGCCACGUGCCCAGAUGGGACAAUCUAUCAGAUGCACAAGAACUGCUGGAGGACUGUGAAGCGAUCAGCUGGGCCGACCUUUGUGAACGUCAGCUCACUUCUGGUGAGUGCUUUCAGCUCGAGCCUGGCACUUCGCCCAACUGCCAGCUGCGCGGACCUGCGACAUCACCAGCACAGUUGCAGGGAGUCGCUCCCUUGGGCGUGGCGACGUGUGCGACACACGGGGAGCUGCGCGUCACCGGGCAGAUCCAGAUGAUUUCACUCCGUCUUGAAGCCGAGACCAUAAUCUUUGAAGAUGCUCAAGUGGAAGCGUGGCAUGAAACUCGAGAUCCCUCAAUCCAAUCUGGCGGCGCAUUUCGCAGCAAGGGGCCUUUGACUUUGAUCAGAUCGAACCUAACGGUCAGAGGAACCAGAGCUGUGUGGGGGGGUGGAGUUGCAGCUGGGGAUUUGACUUUGGUUUCAUCAAGCCUUCGAGUGCUGAGUGCUGCAGCCACAGAGUCUGGCGGGGGUUUUUACACCGAGGGUGCACUGAGACUACGCGAACUCUCCAAAGUCCUCAUUGAGAAUGUUUCUGCAGAGAAGUAUUACGGUGGAGGUUUCUUUGUGACGGGUGACGCUGACAUUUCCGACAGCGGCCAGAUCUGCAUCAAAGAUGCAAGAUCUGCCAAGAGCGGUGGUGGUUUCUUUGCCAAGCAGCGUUUGCAGUUGACGAACCAUUCAACAGUCAGCAUUCAGCGUGCUGCGACUGCAGAGUUUGGUGGAGGUUUCGUUGCAUAUGAUAAGGUUAUGAUUGCUGACAUGUCCUAUGUAAGCAUUUCUGAUGCAGUAGCACACAAGGGCGGUGGUUUCCAUGUGGAAAAGGGUGGCAUACAGGUGACAGGCAAGUCAAUGCUCAACCUUCAACAUGUGAAAGCUGGCAGAAGUGGAGGAGGGUUCCUUUCCCUUGGAGAGGUUGAGAUAAGUGGAAGCUCAACAGUGCAGAUUUCCAACAGCCAGGCAAUCUCUGAAGAUGGAGGAGGUUUUGCUGCGGCCAAAAGUGUGAACAUUUCCGCUGGUUCCACCCUCAUCAUUCUGAAUGCAACAGCUGGGCGGUUUGGCGGAGGAGUUUUUUCCCAGGGUAGGGUUGCGAUGCACAGCUCUACCGUCAAUAUUCAGCAUGUCACAGCAGCAGCGCUUGCUGGAGGUUUCUUUACACUGGACGAGGUUGUGAUAGCUGAAAUGUCAAAUGCAAGCAUUUAUGAUGCAGUGGCAGCAGUACAAGGAGGAGGCUUUCAAAUAAAGAAGCGCUUACAGGUGACAGGCAAGUCAACACUCAACCUUCAACAUGUGAAAGCUGGCCAACACGGAGGAGGGUUCCUUUCCCUUGGAGAGGUUGAGAUAAGUGCAAGCUCAACAGUUCAGAUUUCCAACAGCCAGGCAAUCUCUGGAGAUGGAGGAGGCUUUGGUACAGCAAGAGAACUAAAAGUCUUCAAUGGUUCCUCCCUCAUUAUUAUGAAUUCGACAGCUGGAAAUGUCGGUGGGGGAUUCCGCGCUGAUGGCAAGGUUGCCAUGAGCAAUUCAACUCUCAGCAUUCAGCAUGCUACAGCUGCAGGGUUUGGUGGAGGUUUCGUUGCAUCAGACGAGGCUGUGAUUGCUGAUAUGUCAAACGUGAGCAUUUCAGAGGCAGUAGCAUCAGAACAAGGCGGAGGUUUCCACGUGAACCAGCGCUUGCAUGUGUUGAGCAAGUCUAUACUCAACCUUCAAAAUGUGAAAGCUGCCAAACAUGGAGGCGGUUUCCUUUCCACUGGAGAGGUUGAGAUAGGUGGAAGCUCAACAGUCAAAAUUUCCAAUUGCCAGGCAGUCUCUGGAGAUGGGGGGGGCUUUUUGACAGAAAAGGAACUCAGCGUUUCCAGCGGCUCAACUCUCAUCAUUCUGAAUGCAACAGCUGGAGGCCAGUUUGGUGGAGGAUUUUACACUGGUCGCAAGGUUGUAAUCAGCAGCUCGACAGUCAGCAUUCAGCACGCCGCAGCAAGAGUGCAUGGUGGAGGCGUCUAUGCUAAAGACGGCAUGGCGCUUACCGAUGAAUCUACAGUUGCCAUGUCCGACACCCACGCAGGGGUAGAGGGUGGUGGGUUCAUGGUUGGCACUGCGCUGACAAUCCACAAUGGCUCAAUGUCCGUGGCCAAUUGUUCCGCUGUGGAGACAGGCACUGCAGGUCGGGUGGAUGGUAGGGUGCUUCUUUCAUCUCAGUCCAGCCUUCAUAUUCAUCAUGCAGAAGGUGAUGGUAGCUCCAGCGUCCUAGUAGCAAGCUGCCUCCAACUACAUCCCGAGUCAAAUUUUGUCCUCGAAGGCAUCAUUGGUGGGCAUGGGUUGGACCUGCAAAACAGCGGCUGCUCCUCUCGUUGCAGAAACACCACCUUCCAAGUAGCAGAAAGUGCAGCCCUGAAUGCAACUGGUCUGUUGAGCUCGGGUUUGUUGUCAGUAAAAGCCUGCCCUUCUGAAGAGGUGCGCCUCUCAGGGAUUUACUUGCGUUCUUGGCACAGCUCACUCCUCACCACACGCCCCCGCUAUGUGGUGGUUGAAAAUGUCAACAUUCACUACCUGCCACCAGUCGACCAUUUGCAGAUCCUUUCUGCUCAGGAGAACUUCAGUAUCGACUCCUUGGCCAUUUCAUGCCCGGACUGUCCGCAGGGAGUGACCUUCAAUGCAACAGAGGAUGGAACCUUGCAAGCUCUGAGCCCAGAAAAUCUCCAUUGUUCCAAAGCCUUCACAGUGUCCAAUGGCUUCACACCACGGUGUGCUUGCAGCGACUACCAGAUCACCAGCGAGCACUUCCGCAACACUGAGCUGGUGUCUCUCGAAGACGUGUUCCGGACGUGCAGAUUCUGCCACAGACACUCUUACUUCCAGGAUGGCAUGUGUCGCCCUUGUCAGAUCUACCGAGCUUGGUCUGAUGGCAAACGUGACGUGUGCCAUUGGCUGCCACGCGAAAGUCCAGAGCGCGUAAUCCUGUUCACGGGUGCAGCCGUGUUCGUGAUCCUGACCUUCAUCGUGUUUGAGGUCCUCCACGCUCCAUUGGUGAUUCUUGACGCCAGGUCUGAUUUGGAAGACCCGUCGGACAUGGCAGCCAAGAGGAUCUUCACCAUCUCAGUGCAGGGUCCUAUCACCAGCCUUCCCAAGAGAUUAUCUCGACUGGUGCACCAGAGAGUGCAUUAUCGUGCAAGGGGAACUGGUUUGCAAUGGCUGGAUUUUGAUCCGCAAAAGUGCAAGGCAAUCAAGGUUUGCAGUGUGGCACAGAGGAAGCUUUUGCUUCAAGAUGCACACGUGCCAUUUGAUUGCGCUUCCUGCAGUGGGUCCCUGCACGCUACUGAGACUUGCUUCCUGUUCAUGCUGCUCAUUGCCAUUGUAUUUCUCGUUGCAAUACUGCCCACCAUUAUCAAAGUCGCAGUCAUGUCCGGAAACCGCAUCGAACAUACCAUCGUCACUGCGAUAUUCUAUUUUGCUCUUCCAAUGGCGGUUGUGGCUGCAGUGCUGCACUGGCCGAUGUCCUGGGUUCUUCAACGCCUGUACCGUCGAACGCCCUUCUCAGCAGCUUUGGGUGACUACCAGAAACGAAUCCACUGCAAACCUCAUCCAGGUCCAGAUGAAACCCAUCCUCGCAACCAGGGCCUGUUGGUCCUUACACUGCGCGGAUUGUGGAAGCACUUCGAGAGCUUCAUUUUGGAGCAGAACAUGCAUUUUGUCGUGGCCAACAUUGUAAGGCCCCUGACGCAGAGUAAAGGCGUGUCCUUCGUGACUCUUUGGGGUGGCAAGCAGGUGGACUACUUUGUGUCACAUUCCUGGGGCACGAGCUUCUCUCACUUUGUGCACUCCAUCCGCUGCCACGCCCUGUCCAAGGAAGGCCCUACAUCUUGGAUGGGCGCAGCCUAUUGGAUUUGUUCCUUUGCCAAUAACCAGUGGAAUAUCGCAGCCGAAUUGGCGGAUGAUCCGAUGGAUAGCGCUUUUGCUCGGGCUUUAAGGGGUGGAAUUAAGGGAGUUGCAAUGGUUUUGGAUCGCGAGGUGCAACCGCUUACACGAGUUUGGUGCUUGUUCGAGUUCCUCCUCUCCAGUCGUGAGCAGCUGGAGCUGGUCUUCGCGACUGACGUGGGAGUCGUAGGUGACGACGGGUGCACGUCCUUUGACAUUGCCUUGGAAGUGGGCAAGAAGAUCGAGUGCCUUCAGGUGUCGAAGUGCCAAGCAUCAAGUGACGAAGACAAGAGAAAAAUCUUCGAGUACAUCAUCAACACCUUGGGCAGUUUGGAGAAAAUGGAUGGCCGGAUCAGACAAUUGAUGGAAGAGAUGCUGGACAAGAACUUGGCAAAUGUGGAAAGCGCGACUGAUCGCUUGCUGCACAGGCUAGGUCAAAGCUAA